AUGCGAGGGACACAGAUCCUCGUGCUUGCGGCGCUCGCCGCGACGGCCGACGCGUGCACCGUCAUUGGCGUGACGCACGGCGCGUCGGCGGACGGCUCGUCGCUCUUGGCCCACACGGACGACGCCGGCGGCGGCACGGCGGACACGCGCCUCGUCCGCGUGCCGGCCAUGGACCAUCCGGCCAAUGCGACGCGCGACGUGUACAACGUGUUUGGCGGCUACCCGCGCAUCACGUCGAUGGGCCGCGGGCCGCUGUACGAGCCGGUGCAUGGCCAGGCGCUCAUGAAGCCGCUGGGAUCGAUUCCGCAGGUGCCCCACACGUACGCGUACUUUGACCAAGACUACGGCAUGAUGAACGAAGCGUCGCUGAGCAUCGCCGAGAGCACGUGCCCGGCAAAGACCGUCGGGUGGCCAAGCGACGUGCCGUAUGGCUUCAACAUGAUGGGCAUUGGCGAGCUCACCAAGAUUGCGCUCGAGCGCUGCGACAGCGCGCGCUGUGCAAUCCAGACCAUGGGCGAUCUCGCGGUCGCGCAUGGCUUUUACAGCGAGGACAGCGGCGAUCCCAAGGCGCCCAUGUACUGCGACUCGGCCGAGAGCCUCGGCAUCUCGGACAAGUACGGCGAGAUGUGGAUCUUCCACGUGCUCACGGGCCCGAAGAACGCGUCGGCGGUCUGGGCGGCGCAGCGCGUGCCCGACGGCCACGUGACCGUGCUCGCGAACGCGUUUACGAUCCGGCAGAUGGACCUCAACGACACGGACAACUACCUCGCGUCCAGCAACGUGGUUUCGUUUGCGACCGAAAUGGGCUGGUACAGCCCCGCCGACGGCCCGUUUGACUUCACGGCCGCGUACAGCUGGGGCGACGUGACCGGGUACGCUGGCUCGCUCCUGCCGCUCUACGCUGGCCGUCGUCUCUGGCGCGUCCUCGACUACGUGGCGCCGUCUCUGACGCUCGACGCGACAUUGGGCUGGCAACCGACCGAGGUUACAUACCCGUUUAGCGUCAAGCCGGAUCGCCCUGUGAACCUCACGACGGUCUUUCGGCUCAUGCGCGACCACUACGAGGGCACGCCGUACGACAUGACGCGUGGCCUCGGCGCCGGACCCUUUGGCAACCCGAUCCGCUUUGACGGCCCGUUCUUCAACGUCUCGGGCGGCUGGGAGCGGUCGAUCUCCAUGUACCGGACCAUGUUUGCGUUCGUGUUGCAGAUCCAAGCGCCCUCGAUCGACGUCUCCGAGUCGCUCCGGGCGACGGCGUGGUACUGCCAAGACAGUCCGCACGGCUCGGUCUUUGUCCCGAUCGCGCCCACGCAGUCGUCGCUCCCGACCUCGUACACGACGGGCAACCAGAGCGUCUUCAACACGGACUCGGCGUGGUGGGCCUUCAACUUUGUAAACCAGUGGAGCAUGCUGCGCUGGAACUCGAUCAACGGCGAAGUGCUCUCGCAUGCGACGCGCCUCGAAGCCGACGGCAUCGCGCUCAUGGCCUCGCUCCGACGCAACGGGACGCACUCGGCGUCAGACAUCUCGACGCAGCUCAACGCGUUCGCAUCGAGCGUCGUCGCGCACUGGUGGGCGCUCGCGUGGCAGCUCGUGGCCAAGUACAGCUGCGGCUACAUCGUCACGGGCGAGGGGCCGGGCAAAAUGUCUGCGCCCGGGUACAGCCGCGCCUGGCUCUCAGCCACCGAGUUCAACGGGUGGCCCGGCGCGUCGUACACGGACCCGGCCAAGGGCAAAUCCAUCGAGAUCUCGACCGGGACGGGCGAAACCAUCAGCGCCAAGGACGUGCCGCACACAGCCAGCCGCACCAAUUUCGUCGAAGUCGUCGGCUACAUGGUCAUGGGCGCCUGCCUCGCGCUGGGCCUGCAUGCGCUGCUCACGCAGCAGAAGCGCCGCGACGGCUACGACGCGCUGCAGUAGAUGGCUCCUCUAUGUUUAGCAAAAUGGUGCGUUCGGGACUCAAAGUAUCAACCGGUACCCGGUAUCAACACUCA